AUUGCCUAAUUUGUGUCAAAAAAAGCUUAUUUAUUCUGUCUCAUAGGGGAUGUGUCUUAUGUUCGAUACUAUUCCCUGCGAAGACCUAGGAAAUUGCUUUAUUAUUGAAGUUAAAUUAAUAACAGGCUUCGAUCCUCAAUGGGUUAACUAUAUUAUAUUUUUGUUAUAGGAAAAGCUCAGCUCACCACCCACUCGCCGGAAGCUUUGUGGAAGCUUUUCCUCAUGGGAUAACAUGUACGUUCAAGUGCAGCCGUUAACAUCGCAGCCAUGAAAAUAGUGUUAGGCAAAUACGGGGGCUUGACAAACAGAUGAACAACUGGUUUGCCUGACGCCCCUCACAGCCGCAAAAAUAAAAUAAUUAAUCCCCCUUGCCCCCAAGUGGGCAAGCCAUAACUGUUUGACUUAUGUUUCGUAUGUUUCAAUUGUAAAAUAACCCAAUUUAUAGGCAAAUAGAAAACCCGAGUCGAGUCAGUUCAACAACAUGAGCCGCCAGCUGAAGUUCCAACUCCAAGCUCCCGAAGACGAGGAGCUAUCAACGGACAUGGUGGAGAUUAACCUGAACCCCAACUGCGGCCAGGUCAAGCAGAAGUCGGCCCAGGCCCUGGACGAGCUGCUCCUGGCCACGCCCCCGCACAGAGGCUAUCCCUACGGCUAUGCCGAGGACUCCGAGCCGGAGACCUACUUCUGCCGGAAGAGCAACUCCACGGGCCAGCUGGCCGAGAAGGUAUCUCCUCCGCCGCCGGCGGCCACCAACAUCAGUUGCCUCCGCCAAAUGUACUGUCCGGAGUGCCACGAGCGAUUGCACGAGCAGGGGGUCCGGCUGGAGCGGCUCCUAACCAUGUGCUGCUUUGCCCUGCUGCCCAUCUAUCCCUGCUGCCCGAGGCGCUCCACCAACGAUUGCAAGGUCAUCUGUGGCAAGUGUGGAUACCUCUUGGGGGCAUGGAAGAGACAGUGAGGGGAGGGAGAGGGGAAGGGGGUGUGGGUUGGGGCAACUGGAGUGGGUGCUCCGCUUAUAAUUACUUGUUUUGUUUAGUUUUAAGCACCUUUUGCUGACCUUGCGGCGAGUGAUGAGCGCCGAGACUGAAGAGCC